GGUUGGGCGCAUGUACGCCGGGUCCAGGAAACUAUUACGGUAGUCUAGUUCGCGGGAAGCACGUUUCGAAAGAGGAAGGGAAUCCUUCAAAACUGAAAACUAACGCGUCACACUCCUCUCCCCCAUUUCCCGCGACUCUCCUCUCUCUCUCAUCUCUCUCUCUCUCCAAAAUCAUCCAUGGCGAUUCCUCGAUCGAUCUCCAUCCCCAUUCCUCUCUCCAGGAUGCAUCACUCUCCACUUACGAUGCGAUGAAGGCGACGGUCCUCAUCGACGACCCAAUCUAACAUGUCGACCCCCGAUCAGAAGCCCCACGCGACGCGGCCACCAUCUUCCAACGCCCGGUCCAGGUUCCUGAAGACCCCUCCCAUCCCUAUCCAUCUUCCUCAAUCAGCCGUGGGCAGCAGUGGCGGCCACGAGAAUGAUGGGAGCUCGGAGGAAAAGCGCGACCGUGGGGAGGGGGAGCCCCUGCCCUCCCCACCGCCGAUCCUACCGUCCUCCCUGGGCCUGAACCAGAUUAGGACGAGAUCCUCCGCCCCCAUCUCGAACCUCAGGUUCUCCUCCUCGUCCGAUACUACCCCCACAGCCUCGGAUAUGCCGAGUGAGGCUCGGAAAAGCCAUGGGAGCAGAGGCGUGGAUGCGAGGCCCAAAUGGGCCAUACCGCUGCCUAGGGCUGCACCAUCGGAGCCAGGAAAAAAGGUCCACUGGAGUCAAUCAAAAUCGUUUCAAAAUCCAACAUCUGCUAAUCCAGCAUUGGAGGCCAAUCACGCGGCUUUUGCCAAGGAAAUCCAGUCUCCGCGUUUCCAAGCCAUUCUGCGUCUGACUAGUGGCCGCAAAAAGAAGACCCCAGACAUCAAGAGUUUCUCACAUGAACUGAAUUCAAAAGGAGUCAGGCCAUUUCCAGUUUGGAAGCCUCGUGCUUAUGCCCACAUGGAGGAGAUCAUGGUAGCCAUUCGAGCAAAGUUUGACAGGUUGAAGGAAGAGGUUGAUUCUGACUUGGGUAUCUUUGCUGGGGACUUGGUGGGUAUACUCGAGAAAUCUUCAGAAACUCACCCUGAAUGGAAAGAGAGCUUGGAGGAUCUGCUGGUUAUAGCAAGCAAAUGUGCUAAGAUGACACCGAAUGAAUUCUGGAUCAAGUGCGAAGCCAUUGUUCAGAACCUUGAUGACCGGCGUCAAGAAUUACCUAUGGGAACACUUAAACAAGCCCACACUCGUCUUUUGUUUAUCCUUACUAGAUGCACGCGGCUUGUGCAGUUUCAGAAAGAGUCUGGUUUUGAGGAUGACCACAUUUUGGGUCUUCACAAGCUCAGUGAUCUUGGAGUUUACCCCGAAAAAGUUUUGGAAGCUUCACAGCAUGACUUCAGCGGUCCAUUGAGUGUGCAGGAAGGGGGCGAUAAGCAGACAAAUAAGUCAAAAGUACAAGAACAAGGCAGCCAUACUGCGAAUAAAGAUCAACAGAAUAAAAACUCAAGUAGUGAUGCUGAUGGCUUUGACGUCAACACUGCUAGAAGUGCUGCUUCAUCGACAAGUAGCUACAGAAUGUCUUCUUGGAAGAAGCUUCCUUCUGCUGCUGAGAAAAAUCGUAAAGGCUCUGAUGUUGCUGACACACCUUUGAAAGAUAAAUCCAGCCGCUUGCAAGAAAAAACUGAUUCAAGAAAUGAUUGUGAUUUUCUUCAUGCAAAUCUAGAUACUCCAACACGCCUUCCAGAUAAUAGGGAGGCAUCCUCAGGAGGGAGAAGAGCAUCCUGGGGAUUAGCAUGUGAGAAUUUGAUGAUCUGCCGCAUCUGUGAAGUAGAAAUACCUACCGUACACGUAGAAGAGCAUUCUCGAAUAUGUACCAUCGCUGAUAGGUGUGACCUCAAAGGGUUAAAUGUAAACGAGAGGCUUGAAAGAGUUGCAGAGACGCUUGAGAAGAUACUGGAAUCCUGGACUCCAAGGAGCACUCCUAGAAGCAUAGGCUCUCCAGGAAGAAGUGUCGAGGUAGCAAAAGGGGGCAUACAGGGUAUGCAUGAAGAGCUAGAAGAGUAUUCACCUCGAAAGGACAACUUCUCUCGGCGGCAUUCUGAAGACAUGCUCGACUCUGUUAUGGAUUCUGUCAAUGCAUCUAUAAUGCAAAAUCUGAACGACAACUUUCGUGAAUUGCCAUGUGAAGCACAUUCUGUUGUAACUACUGAUCCUGGUAGAAGAACUUCCUCGGGAGGAAGCUUAACGCCACGAUCGCCCUUGACAGCGCCUUGGGCGAACCAGAUAGAAAUGCUGGUUCAUGAGGGAAAAACAAUAUCAGAACUCGAGAAUUCUCAGCAGGUCAAUAAGCUUCUUGAAAUAACACGCUCUGUCGCAAAUGUCAACACUUGUGACUAUGGUGCUUUGGAGUAUAUGAUUGCACGCUUAGAAGAUUUAAAGUAUGCCAUCCAAGACCGAAAAGUUGAUGCCCUUGUGGUGGAAACCUUUGGAAGACGGAUAGAGAAACUUCUACAGGAGAAGUACGUGCUUCUCUGUGGACAGAUUGAAGAUGAGAAAGCAGAUUCAUCAAAUGCCAUGGCAGAUGAUGAGAGCUCGGCAGAGGAUGAUACUGUUCGUAGUCUGCGUGCUAGCCCCAUUAAUAAUACCGGUUCUAGGGAUAGGACAUCCAUAGAGGAUUUUGAGAUCAUCAAACCUAUCAGCCGAGGAGCAUUUGGACGUGUUUUCCUCGCUAGGAAAAGGGCAACUGGUGAUCUAUUUGCUAUAAAGGUUCUAAAGAAAGCUGAUAUGAUUCGUAAAAAUGCAGUUGAAAGUAUUUUGGCUGAGCGUAACAUCCUUAUAUCAGUCCGUAAUCCUUUUGUGGUCCGAUUUUUCUAUUCCUUCACAUGCAGGGAGAAUCUUUAUUUGGUCAUGGAGUAUUUAAAUGGUGGAGACCUCUACUCUCUGCUGAGAAAUCUAGGCUGCUUAGAUGAAGAAAUGGCACGCAUAUAUAUUGCUGAAGUUGUCCUUGCUUUGGAAUAUUUGCAUUCUCUAAAUGUCAUCCAUAGAGACCUGAAGCCAGAUAAUUUGCUGAUUGGUCAGGACGGUCACAUUAAGUUGACAGAUUUUGGGCUUUCAAAGGUUGGCCUUAUCAACAGCACCGAUGACUUCUCGGCUCCUCAGGUCAGCAGUGGAGGAUUUCUGAAGGAAGAUGAGACAAAAGAUCAACAUUCGAUAAACAGAGAGCAGAGGCAGAAGCACUCCGUAGUUGGAACUCCUGAUUAUUUGGCACCGGAGAUACUUCUUGGCAUGGGACAUGGUAAAACUGCAGAUUGGUGGUCUGUCGGAAUCAUCCUCUAUGAGCUGCUUGUGGGAAUACCACCUUUCAAUGCAGAUCACCCGCAAAAUAUUUUUGACAAUAUUAUGAAUAGAGAUAUACCGUGGCCGAAGGUUCCCGAGGAAAUGAGCUAUGAUGUGUAUGAUCUGAUUGACAGAUUGCUGACGGAAAAUCCAGUUCAGAGACUCGGAGCAACUGGAGCUGCAGAGGUGAAGCAACAUUCGUUUUUCAAGAAUAUUAACUGGGACACGCUGGCAAAACAGAAGGCUAUGUUCAUUCCAUCGGCAGAGUCACAUGAUACUCGUUACUUUAUGAGUCGAUACAUUUGGAACCCAGAAGAUGAACACGUUCAAGGGGGAAGUGACUUCGAUGAGAUAAGCGACUCGUGUAGUGCCUCAUGUAGCAGUGGUUCGUACAGCAAUAUGCAAGAUGAGGAUGGAGACGAGUUUGGAAGUUUGACAGACUUUAAUGGCCCGACCCUUGCUGUAAAGUACUCCUUCAGCAACUUCUCUUUCAAGAACUUAUCGCAGCUGGCCUCGAUAAAUUACGACAUGGUCGUGAAGAGCAGCGCUAGGGACACCACCGACACCUCCAACUCUGCAGUUCCUUGAGAAGUCUAAGCUCCAUCGAUUGGAAUCUGCCCUCCCAGAUUGUCACAUACGUUGGCAUCUCCUCCCAUUCAGCUCCUUCGAACAUGAUCCUGCUGCGAAGGCGAUACAGUGUCCAUGAAAAAUCCACUGGACCAUUCUUUCAAACCGAACCCCGAUAUGAUGCCUCUGGGCAAAGGUGAGGCUCGUACCUUUGGCUGAAGAAUGUGUAUAUCGUGCCAGGUUCUUCGAUCCUUUACCCAGCAAAAUGCAUGCGGAGGUCGAUUUUAACGGCGGUUCAGUCUAGAAAGCCCCAAAAAAAGAGUACUAUCUGUAUAUACGUAGACUUUGAUCUUGUAAGUUGAAAUUUUGAUCUUAUGAGAUGGUGUUUCUCUUAUAAAUUCUUACUAAUAUUGGAUUUGGAGAUGGUUCCAA